AUGUUUCAGAAGCAAUUCACAGUAUCGAAGAGGGCAGUGAAGAUUCUUCACAGUGGGAAAGAAUCUCCUUAUCUAAAUGUUCCAAAUCCCUGUUUUCAAGAUAGGAGUAAACAGAAUGAAAAGUUAAGUUUUCUUUGGAAGGAAAUUUUUAAAUAUGUAUUCCAAGAAUCUAGAAAGAUAUCAAACUGGCUCAAAAGUCAUCCUGACUUCAGCCCAAACAAGGAGUUUUGGCAGGGUCUGAAUGUCCCCUGCCCCUCCCAGCUGCACAUGAACCAUCAAACUGUUGUCAUAUUAUUAAAGAACAACAAAUAA